GUGGCCUUCUACGUCAUCGGUGGAUGGGGACUGCCGGCGUUAGCGCUUCCUGUAUCAACAUGGCUAGUUGCAGCUCUUUGAAAAUAUUGACGCUUUUAAGCCUGUUUCUUUCCCCUACCAUAGUGGAAACUAAUAAUAUUGAGGCUAAAGCUGGGCAGUUCUUCAGCAGUGGACACACCAACAACUGGGCCGUUUUGGUUUGCACGUCCAGAUUCUGGUUCAACUAUCGCCAUGUGGCUAACACUCUGUCUGUGUACCGCAGUGUUAAGAGGCUGGGCAUUCCUGACAGUCACAUAGUUUUGAUGCUUGCAGACGACAUGGCCUGUAACCAUAGAAACCCGAAGCCAGCGACAGUGUUCAGUCAUAAGAACAUGGAGCUCAACGUGUACGGAGAUGAUGUUGAGGUGGAUUACCGUGGUUACGAGGUGACUGUUGAGAACUUCCUGCGUGUUCUGACUGGAAGGCUUCCACCAAGCACCCCAAGGUCCAAACGCUUGCUCUCUGAUGACCGCAGUAACAUCCUCAUAUACCUCACAGGUCAUGGUGGGAAUGGAUUCCUGAAGUUCCAGGACUCUGAGGAGAUCAGUAAUGUGGAGCUGGCCGACGCCUUCGAACAGAUGUGGACCAAGAGGAGGUACAAUGAACUGCUGUUCAUCAUUGAUACAUGUCAAGGUGCCUCCAUGUAUGAAAGGUUCUACUCUCCUAACAUCAUGGCUCUGGCCUCCAGUCAGGUGGGGGAAGACUCUCUGUCGCACCAGCCAGACCUGGCUAUAGGGGUCCACCUGAUGGACAGAUACACCUUCUACCUGUUGGAGUUCCUGGAGGACAUCCACCCUUCCAGCACCACCAACAUGAAAGACCUGUUUAAGGUGUGUCCCAAGAGCCAGUGUGUGUCCACUCCAGGCCACCGUACUGACCUGUUUCUCAGAGACCCUGGUAGCGUCCUCAUCACAGACUUCUUUGGAAGCGUCCGCAAAGUAGAGAUCACCACGGAUACCAUCAAUCUGACUGCUCCCAUGGUGCACCUGGAGGACACAAGACCAGUGAGAGAGCUGAGGACUGAGAUCCAGACAUAUAUGGACCAGCUCCCUGUGGCUGAGAUUAUACAUCAGAAACCCAAGCAGAAGGACUGGCACCCUCCUGAUGGAUUCAUCCUGGGCCUGUGGACUCUCAUUCUGCUGGUCUUCUUCAAGACAUACGGCAUCAAGCACCUCAAACACAUCUUCUGACCCCUGACCUAUCAGAUUAACUCUUCCCCAGGUCAGUUCUUCACGGGUCAGUCUUUGCGUGGCCCCGGUCAAGACCACUGGAUUACUUGAAGACCUCCAAACAUCAGUCUUUUGUUUUCUUUUAAUGUUUAUUCCCUAAAGAAAAAUGUUCCAAACAUUUUUAUGCUGGAUUUUUGUACUUCACAAGGAAUGCCGGGAAUGUUUCCGGAAUGUUUCAACUGUACUUUAAAGGGUGUUGGAGAGGGAAGUGUAGCACAUGCUGGCCUGUCCGUCCUGCCUGCCAGACCCCUUGAGGAGGAGGUUGUGUUUUUGGACCUCUAUGGACCCGAUCGGUCCAGUACUGCCCGCAAUCUGAAGGUUCUUUUAUGUUGUGGAUGUUGGUUUGAUUGGGGCUAGAUUGUUGCAGGGUUCAAUUUACACAUUUAAAGAGGGAAGUGAAAAAUGAAUGAAGAGGACAAAAUAAAGGACUAUGCUUGGUU